UAGGACAAGAAGAUGAUUAUAACCAAUUGUUGACAUUUUCCUUUAGUUCACCAUGGCAACCAGAGUUCUGCAUGGAAUUCAUUUCUUUGAACAAUUUUGAAAAAAGCACUAACCAAGGAUCAUUCCUAUGACGUUUAAUCAAAAUUGUCCAAGCGGUUUAGGAGAAGAAGAUGAUUUUAACCAAUUGUUGACGCCGGACGACGAAUGACGGACGACAGACUCUGGACAUAGACCGAUCACAAAGUGCUCAAGGACAUGGCAGCAUGUGAACCAGCGGGCAAUUCCCAUUUAAAAGCAUCUGAACCAGACAAUGAAUAUACCACUGAACAUUUACCCCCAGCACAGCCUGAAAACCGAACUGAACAAGGCCAACUGCUUCAGGAAACAUUAUCAUCUGACCCGGGCAAUGGUAGUCGUGUGGUUCAUCAGGCAGGGCUACCAGAAGAUGUCCAUGCCGCAUCUGUGCACGUGUGUGAGGUUAUGGACAAGCUAGGCUACAGUGAGGCCAUGGUCAGAUACCGACAGGAGGCAUACAGAAAACGUGAUAUUAGGCUGAAAUGGGUAACCACUGGCAGUAAAGGCGAGGGUUUAUCUUCCCCCUGUGAGAGUGAUACUGACGUCCUAUUACUUAAGAAAAACAUCCUGUGUAAACUACCUGGACAUGCCAGCCUGCAACUACCAGACAUCAUCACUGUUUUCAUCAUGGAUGGCGAACACUGCCACCCGGGACACUUCUGGCUUGAACUCGACCACUUGGGAAAUGCUAAUAUUACAGCUCCUUUGUUUGUUCAUACCAAUGGAAAAACUUAUUUCUCAAGUCAGAAACUUACUGAAAGACUCAAAGAAAUUGUACAGUCAGUACCAGGUCCAACUUAUACAGUAUCAGGUCCAGCUGUAAAACAUGAAUUUGAAUCGGAAAGGAUGGACUCUGUGGUUGCCCUUCCCAUUCAACAAGCAAUGCUCUCGGAGUGGAUCAGUAGACCAAGGCACCACAGCUGGCCUUCCCCUGAACUUAUACAGGAAAUUUCUAAGCUACAAGCCUACCUUGUUCCAGUUGGCUGUAAGGGCAGUGAAACCAAACACAUGGAGUGGAGAUUGUGCUUUUUAGGUGAACAGAAACUCACAAACAGUUUUACAGAGUGCCAGUUUAAACUGUACAUCAUUCUGAAAUUUCUUAUGAAAGAAGAACUAAAGCCAAUUUGUAAUGAAAUGUCAUCUUACAUUGUAAAAAAUAUCGUAUUUUGGUUUAUUGAAUCAACUCAGCAAGAGUUAUUUUACAAAGAAACUAUGUUUAAAUGUCUCCUUUCUUGUCUUCAAAUGCUACAACAAGCAAUCAUGGAUCAUCAUCUUUCUUACUAUAUGUUCCCUGGCAGGAACCUGCUGAUAGGAAGAAUCAACCAGUCACAACAACAGCAGCUAAUUGCUAAGCUAAAUGAGCUGAUACAGGAAGGUCCCCGUGUGAUACUGAGAUGCCCUAAAGUGCUAGAAGCCCUGUAUAAUAUGUCUCCAACUGAGCUGACAGAAAAAAGCCAAAGGAGGGAGGAGAUUGAAAAGCUGGGCCUGGAGUGGAGGUACAUAAUGAUGAAGUACAUAGAUCUUAAGGAUGGGUGGCAGCAGGAAGAGAAAGAUCCAGACAUAAUCACUGUGAAAGAGAGGAUUUUUGACAUACUCUGGCCAUUGUGGAGGCUGUAUCCAUUUGAGAGAAUUUUUAAAAUAUUGAACAAAAAAAAUAAGGAUGCACUGUCAUAGACACAAAUGUACAUGUAUACAAGAAGGCCCAAAGAAAUGAUUUGGUUAGGGUUACAUCAUUAAAAAAACGUAGGGUAUUUUUUUUUAUAAAGCUUUAUGUUCAAAGUUAUUGUCAUCAUUGGGGAAUUGUUAAAGAAAUCUUCUGCCUGAAGUGUUUAAACUACAACUUAAAGCACACAACUGUUUUUAAAUAUUUCUUUCUUUAGCAACUGACACUAAAAACAGUAGGAACGAAGCCUAUUCCGUAUACAUGUAGGGUGGGGUAACCUAAACCAAAUAAUUUUUUAUGCCGAAUGUAGACUGAUGCUUAUUUUGAUACAGAUUGCCAUAAUGAAAGAUUAACUGAAUUAUGUAGCCUGGGCAGGUGACUUUGUUAUGUGUUAAUUGGAUGCAUGUCAAACUUGGAUAUUUUGCUUUAAAACUGAAAUGUUAAGUCCAGCAUCGGGUUAGCCCAGCAACACUUUAAUAACAAGAGAUGUUUGUCAAACAUAAUGCCCCCUGGGCACCAAGUUGUCAGGAUUAUAUGGACAAUUGAAUGAAAUAUGCAUGGACCAAAAUGACAGCUAAUGUAUCACUGACAUUGGAUGCUGUUGAGGCAGUUGUACUAUUAUGACCAUUCUAAGUGUGAGGAUAGAGUGUGUUAUAACCAUGACCUUUGACUCUAUGAUCUCAAAAUCCAUAAGUCAUCAGCUGGUUACCAAGAACCUAAACUGUCAAGUUUGAGGACCAUGGGUGCAGGCAUUGUCAAGUUAUCACACAGACAAGCUUUUUUCAUUCAAGGUCACUGUGACUUUGACCUUUGAUCCAAUGAUACCUAAAAUCAUAAGGGGUCAUCUACAGGUCAGACACAACCAAAGUCAAGUUUGAGGACCAUGGGUCACUGUGACCUUGACCUUUGACCUUCAGGUCAAGUUUGAGGGCCAUGGGUGCAGGCAUUGUUGAGUUAUCACUGUAGGUUUAUGAAAUAGUUCUGCUAUUAGAAAAUCCAUGUAUGACAGUAUCAGUAGUAAUUUAAAACUGUAGUAUAUUUUCUGAUAAAUUGUUCUUAUCAGAAAAUUAUUAUGAUCAUUCUUUUUCAUUUUUAAAUAUUACUCAUUAUUGGGUAAUCUUGCUUAAGGAUCAUAAUUUCAGCACCAUCAAAGUCUAUUUUUGUUAAUUGUUUAUGCAAUAAUAUCAAAUUUAGUAUCAAAUUACUUGUCUUGAAAUGUCCAAAUAUAGCAAUUUAUUUGAGUGACUGUAAAUUCAUUUCAAUACUCACUCAAUUUUAGUACAGGGCUCGAAUUUAAGCAUGCAUACUCGCUAAAUGCGAGUCAGUUUUUCGGAUAGCGACCUCAUAAAAAAUAUACUAAAUUAUCCUAGUUUGGUAAAAAAGCAAGUAACUUUUUGAAAAUGUGAGUAAAAAAUUAACCCACUUGUGAAAAAUUGCAAGUAGAAAAAAAGUUAAAUUCGAGCCCUGUAGUACCUAUAAUAUUUUUGAAAAUGGUGCAAAUUCAACAUCUUGUUAUUAAAGAUGCACUCGCACAGAUGAAAAGUUUUGAUUUUUUUGGUCUUGGAACGAGCCAAUUUAUGCAAGAAUGCAAGUAAACCAGUCACAUAAGACUGCUGACUAAAAUUAGAUCAGAGAUUUUUAUAUUUAAGUUCAAAAAUUGAUGUUUUAUGCAUGUUUCUUAAACUGUUAGUAACGCUUUUAGCCAUAAAAUAUUAUUUUCAAACAAAAUUUUAAAAACAUCUGGGAUCUUAUUUUUUGUCAACAGUCUUUUAUCACUGGUUUGCAGAUAAUUAUGCAAAAAUUGGCUCAUUCCAAAACAAAAAAAGUUGUAAAAACAGCAAAUCUAUGAGAGUGCAGAUUUAAAUUCUUAAUCAAAACACAUUAGGUUAGUUAAGUAUCUGUAUAACAGCAUUGUAUCUUUGUAGGCUGACAAGAUAUGAAAAAUUAAGCUUCAGGCUAUAACAUUUCAAAGAUUGAGCAACUGAAACUGUCUGGAAGUUUGUUUGGCAUGGCCACCCUCAAAUUCCAGGUUGACCAAUAGCUUGUCAGUAAGGUCCACCUCUGCAAUCAGGGACAAUUUAGACUUUUGUUUUCAGUGUCCAAGCAUCAUACCGUCUCCGUGGCCUUGUGGUUAAGCGUCCGCCUACGGAGCGGGAGGUCGUGGGUUCGAUCCCGGGUCGCAUCAUAUCGAAAAGCUUGGAAAAGUGGUCUACUCAGUACUGGUUCAACCCAGGAAAGUUGUAUCCCGUGUAUCGGUGCUUUACACCGAGCACGUUAAAGAACCAAGAGAUCUCUUCGCAAAGAGCUAGGGUAUCGCACCCGGAUCUCUUGUAUCUCGCUCCGUUUCUUCAAGUCUUCCAAUGUCUGGAUUUGACUGCGAAUUGCUGUCACUUCUAUCUCAUGUCACUUAUGGCAUUUAAAAACACAAUUUAAGUCGUGAUGGCGUCACGGCGGGGUCAAGCCAUAAUGCAGCCAAUGGGCGCAGGCAGACCUUGAUAAACUCAAAUAAACAACAAGUCCAAGAAUCAUUCAUGAUUUUGGACUUUUAAAAUAAACAUCAACUAUUUAAUAAGCUUUUCACAGUUUUCCUGGUAUGUGACUUAUAAUCACUUUUCAAUAGUUAACAAGUUCAUGACUUUUGUUAUAAUGUUCAAGUAAUUUCUUGAUUGCAUUAAUAUAAUUAACAUAUCCAAGCGUAUUCUUUAUUUCUUAUUGAUUUUGUAAGAUUGUUUCUUCACAUAAGAUAUUUUGACUACUGGUAUCUUUAUAUGAAUAAAUGCUAUUAUUGUUAAAAGCUUAGGAACAAGAUGUGCUGCAUUUCAAUGUGAAAUAUGAUUACUUGUGUAGGGUUUUAUAAUAGGCUUAUAAUUGAUAAUUACUUCAGUGUUAUGUAAAUUACUCAAAUCAAUCUUUAUAUGUUUCUCUAAAUUGACUACUUAAAGAUGGUAUGUGACUCACUCACUGACUAAAUUAAUGUAGCAUUCUAUUCACAAUUUCAGUAUUUCAAAAGAAGACAAUUUAGAAAGAUGAAUCUGUGCUUUCAUUAUGUUGUACUUUAAAAUUAUAUAUAUUGUACCUCUCAUUGCAAACGAGUAUUCCCCAAAUAUUUUGAUUUGAAUAGAACUUAAACAUCUGAAAGUCAUUACAUAUCCCUGUUGUCUAUACACGAUUUGAUUUAUUAUUGUUGUUUCUUGUUUGUAAUUAUGAUCAUUCAUGCUUUUGGACUUUUAAAAUAAACAUCAACUUUUUAACAA